AUGGGGGAUACCAAUGCGGAAAUUUGGGCAGUGAGUGACGUGUCACCAAACCAUGGCGAAUAUUUUGAAAUUGACAUGUUCAAGGAACUUGAGAAAAGCUAUUGCCCACCUCUAGACUCCGCAUUGUUUGCUGCGCUUGCGCUCGAAUGUGACUUGACCGUUCCCGAUCAGGUCAAUGAGCUGAGAGAACGUUUGGACGCCAUCAAGGGACUUGCCAUUGAACAAGAGGACCUCCCAUUUGAUCCGUCAGGUACUGCAAAUGAUCAUGGUCCUGAUACCCCCAAUCUGAGCGGGUUUCGGUCAGAGGACGGAACGUCCGUCCAUGGCUAUGAGUCCUUGUGUGCGGCAACUGAUAUCACAAGCAUCUCCGAAGAUGGACGAAGUAAGGGGAUUUCACGCGCUGCAUACACAAUCGCGGCCGACGGAUCCCUCGAGCUAAUCGGAGCGACACACGAGGACAAGAUAAAUGCUCUGAUGGAGAUGUUCCCCACCAUGACUCGCUUGAAUGUGGACCAAACAUUGAAGAAGAGCAACGAAGAUGUUGACAAAGCGAUGGAUGUUCUCUUGAAUUUGAAUUUUUUCGAUAAUACGCAAUCAACCGAAGACGAUGGCCAGAUUUUGAUACCAAAGGGCAUCGAUGGGUUUAAUGUGAACAGUAGUGGCGAUGGCGGCCGUCAAUCUGCGCGAAAGAAGAAGCGCAACAAGAAGCAGAGAUCCAAUAUUCUGGAGGAGGCGCCAUUUUCAGAAUCCACAAUUGCCAACAAGUGGGAGGCUGGCAUGGCUGACGUCGAUUUCAUCUGCGCCCGAGCCCCAGACCUCCCUAGGGAAAAAGUCAAAUCUGCCUAUCAUGCUAAUGGGAUGUCCUUACCAGCGACUAUCCGAGCAAUGGCCCUAGCCGAGGCCCCCAAAGACGCCAGUGAGCUUGAUGAUGACCUAGUCAUGCUGUCACAAGUGAACGAACUCUCACAAGAUUAUUCAACCAUUCCGAAGACCACUUUGAUUGGACUUCUUAGGCUCACUCGCAAUAUCAUUUCUGCAACAAAUGAACUAACUAAAGUGCUAGUUCAGCAGCCUCAACUCUCAGCCAAUAAUCUCAUAAAGCUCACUUCCACCCCACUGGAUCUCCCGAAAGACGACGAGGUUGUUGACAAUCCGAUCCGGCGUCGAGGGGCCCCCAGUAGCACGCUCGAUUACGAGCAGGCUCGGGUCGCCGCUCAAGCUAAUUUCGCGGCAGGCUCCUCUGCAUACCAGCAGGCAAGCCAGGCCGCCCGUCGCGCAAAAUCCAACCCCCUGUAUGCGGGUGCCACUGCAGUGUAUCGCGAGCGUGGACAAGAGCGCAUUGAGCUUGCCAUGGAUCAACUGGCGGCUGCCUCGGACAGGCUUGUGGAUCGGCAGUCGAGCAGCUGUGACCUUGAUCUCCAUGGAAUCACCGUGGUCAAUGCCCUCCGCAUUACUCGCGAACGGGUCAAUGCCUGGUGGAACGACCUGGGGGACACCAGGCAUGUUCGCGGAGGCGGAAAGCACGUCCACGGGGGCUAUAAGAUCAUCACUGGCGUAGGCAACCACAGCCAUGAUGGCACAUCUCGCCUGGGUCCUGCUGUCAGCAAAAUGCUGACGAAGGAGGGGUGGCGUCUGGAAGUCAACCGGGGCUUUUUGAUUGUUAUAGGGAAGGCUCGAAAAUGA